GCAAAACAAGCUUUCCGCCUUCGCGUCUUGUCUGCAACAUUUAUUUCUGCUUCGUUUUGAAAUUAUCAGAUUUUCGGUUCUCGGUCAGUUUUUCACCCCACAAGACAAGCAUCGAAGUACCGUGGAGCGAUCCAACUCGGCGAUUCAGGAUGAAUCAGGGCGUCUUGAGGUCAUUGGCGCGAAGCUUCAUCAAUGGCGGCGACUGUAGCGGUGGCCGCCACGUUCUCAGGCCGCUCGCGGCGGAAUUCGGACAGCGAAAGAGCGUCUCCUGCGGAGUGAUCCACGCGAGGAGGAUGCUGAGUUCUGCUGCGACGGAGCCUGCUCCGAUUGAUAAGGAGAAGAAGGAGAGUGCCAUUGCUGAAGGGGAGAAGAAGAACGGUGGAGGUCCAGUGGUUCCUUCGAGCUACUGGGGGAUUUCGAGGCCUAAGAUCACUAAAGCAGACGGUACUGAGUGGCCUUGGAAUUGCUUCAUGCCGUGGGAAACUUACAGGGCAGACCUAUCAAUCGACUUGAAAAAGCACCACGUGCCGAAGACAUUUGGGGAUAAAUUUGCAUAUCAUACAGUGAAGCUUCUGAGAGUUCCUACUGAUAUUUUCUUUCAGAGACGCUAUGGGUGUCGCGCGAUGAUGCUUGAGACCGUAGCAGCUGUUCCAGGAAUGGUGGGAGGAAUGCUGCUGCACCUGAGGUCUCUCCGCAAGUUCGAACAGAGCGGUGGUUGGAUUAAAGCCCUGCUGGAAGAAGCAGAGAAUGAAAGGAUGCACCUGAUGACCAUGGUGGAGCUUGUGAAACCAAAGUGGUACGAGAGGCUGCUGGUUCUUGCCGUGCAAGGAGUAUUCUUCAAUGCUUACUUCGUUGUCUAUUUGCUCUCCCCUAAAUUAGCACAUAGAGUUGUUGGCUACCUGGAAGAGGAGGCCAUUCACUCAUAUACAGAGUACUUGAAGGAUCUUGACAGUGGUGCGAUUGAAAAUGUUCCUGCUCCAGCUAUUGCCAUUGACUACUGGAGGUUACCUAAGGAUGCAAAUCUGAAGGAUGUGAUAACAGUUAUCCGUGCUGAUGAAGCUCACCACCGUGACGUCAACCACUUUGCUUCUGACAUUCAUUUCCAAGGGAAGAAAUUGAAGGAUUCUCCAGCUCCGCUUGGUUAUCACUAAAAUCAUUUAUUCCCAUCUGGAAGGAGCAUGCCGUUUUGUUUGUGCUUGCUGCUACUAGCCAUAAUCGACUGUGAAAUUUCGAUUAGGCGUUAUGGUAUCCUCCGCAGGAAGUCAAAUUUCAUCGAUG